AUGCUUGCUCUUCUCCUUCUCGUCUGCGCAGCAACAGCGCUGAAAGCUCCGUCAUCGCUUCCGCGACAAUAUGGCAACUUCACUCUCAACCGACUUCAACGAACUCGAACAAAGCUGGCAGAACCGAGCGAGUUGAAGGUCACGCAGAAUGUCGUCAACCUCACACGGGCAGAUACUGCCGUGUCAGUGAGCUCAACAUAUACGCAGAACGGGACAACUCCCCUGAUCUCAUUGGAAGGCGGCCAAGUCUUCCUGGCAAACGUCCUAGUCGGUGGACAGGAGUACUCGCUGGUGAUCGACACGGGCAGUAGUGACCCUUGGCUAGCAGUCACCGACUUCAGCUGCUACGAUCCCAUCGAUGAUGCACCACUGGAUCAAUAUCUUUGCGAGUUUGGUCCACUGUACCAUUCCACACAGUCAUCCACGUUCGUCCCAAUCGCGGACCAGAACUUCAAUAUCAGCUACGCUGACGGAGAGUACUUGACGGGAAGCCUUGCAUACGAGUCGUUUCGAAUGGCCGGCAUCGACGUGCCCAAUCAACAGUUCGGCGUUGUCGACCAAGCUGCAUGGUAUGGUGAUGGAAUCUCUUCUGGACUGGUUGGCUUUGCGUACAGAACGUUGACAUCUGCAUACGCCGGUUCAGAUCCCACGUCGGAUAGAAAGGGCAGGACAAUGCUCUACAAUCCCUUGUUCGUCAACAUGUACGAGAAUGAGGGUGUGCCAACUGUCUUCAGCAUGGCCAUCGACCGUAUACAAAGCAACGGCGGUGUUCUCGCAAUAGGGGGAAUUCCUGAUAUCCCCCAUGCGCCAUACUGGGCCAACACGGAGAUCCAUCCCGUCAGUGUCAAUACCACGAGUGGCGAGCCAGUCUACGAAUUCUACACGAUUGAUGUUGAUGGGUUCGCGAUCUCGACAUCGACCAGCACGCAGUUCAACCCGUAUGACAACGACAAUCCAUACAAGACACCACUCGUUGGAAACGACACAGAUGUCAUCGUGGACUCUGGAACCUCGCUCUGCUACGUCCCUGACGACGUCGCUGCAGAACUGGCCGAUGCGUUCGACCCUCCAGCAACUUGGGACGCAUCGACAUACGCCUAUUUCGUCGACUGCGAUGCCACUGCGCCGGUGUUUGGCGUCAGCAUCGAGGAGAAGAUCUUCUUCGUCAACGCCGAGGACAUAAUUAUCCAGAUCAACGACAACUUGUGUGUUACUGGCAUCCAGCCAAACCUGGGGGGCUUGAACAUCUUGGGAGGAACGUUCAUGAAGAACGUCUUGACGGUGUUUGAUAUUGGGGCGGAGCAGCUGCGGUUUGCGGCGAGACAGUUCUAUCCGACCUCGUGA